AUGGGCAAGUGUUUCGGAAAGCAACGAGUGGAGACACCGAAAAUCGAAGCUACACCCAUCGAUGAUUCAAAUCCACCAGCAAUUCCAACAAUCAUUAAUCCAAAUCCAAUUCAGCCAAUACAACCAACGGAACCAGAACCACCUAAUACAAAUGCUAAGAUAUUUGUAGCUCUCUAUGAUUAUGAUGCCAGAACGGAUGAGGAUCUCAGUUUUCGAAAAGGCGAGCAUCUAGAAAUCCUAAAUGAUUCACAAUUCGUAUAUUCAUAUCGUCAUUAUCCACUUGAGAUUGAAAUAUUUUAA